AACUCGUCAAGUUAAAAAACUGGAAAUGCCACAAUUUUCAACCAAAGAGGUCACCAAGCAAGAAGUUGUACAGGUUCAAAAACUUAACACUAGCCUCUUUGAAAAUCAAGAGCCAAAGGAGCAAGAAGUGAGAAAGGAAACCAUUCAAGUCAGCAAGCUCCAAAUACCACAGUUUUCAACCAAAGGGGUCACCAAGCAAGAAGUUCUCCAGGUUCAAAAACUCAACACUAGCCUUUUUGAAAAUCAAGAGCYRAAWGAGCAAGAAGUGAAAAAGGAAACUCGUCAAGUUAAAAAACUGGAAAUGCCACAAUUUUCUACCAAAGAAGUCAUUAAGCAAGAAGAGGUCRUUCAGGUACAAAAGCUUAAUACCAGCCUCUUUGAAAAUCAAGAGCCAAAAGAACACGAAGUGAGAAAGGAAACUCUUCAAGUCAAGAAGCUACAAAUGCCACAAUUUUCAACUAAGGAAAUCACGAAGCAAGAAGAAGUUGCWCRUGUAAAAAAGCUCAACACAAAUAUAUUUGAUAACAAUGACAGCACUGACGGACAAUUCCCUCAAGAUAAAACAGUCAAAAUUAGCAAACUUCAAAUCCCACAAUAUUCCACGAAAGAGGUUACAAAGCAAGAAGUUCUCCAGGUUCAAAAACUCAAUACUAGCCUCUUUGAAAAUCAAGAACCGAAARAGGAAGAAGUGAGAAAGGAAAUUCGUCAAGUUAAAAAACUGGAAAUGCCACAAUUUUCUACAAAAGAAGUCAUCAAGCAAGAAGAGGUUGCUCAGGUACAAAAGCUUAAUACCAGCCUUUUUGAAAAUCAAGAUCCAAAAGAGCAAGAGGUGAGAAAGGAAACCAUUCAAGUCAGCAAGCUCCAAAUACCACAAUUUUCAACCAAAGAGGUCACCAAGCAAGAAGUUGUCCAAGUAAAAAGGCUUAACAACAACGUUUUUGAAAAUCAAGAGCCAAAAGAGCAUGAUGUAAAAAAGGAAAACCUUGAAGUUAAAAAACUGCAAAUGCCACACUUUUCAACGAGAGAAGUCAAAAAACAAGAGGUUGUCCAAGUUAAAAAGCUCGACACCAAACUUUUUGAAAAUCAAGAAACCAACCACCAAGACAGGAGAAAAGAAGUCCAAGUCAACAAGCUCCAAAUACCCCAAUUUUCAACUAAAGAGAUUACCAAGCAAGAGGAGGUUGUCCAGGUCAAAAAGCUCGAUACUGACCUCUUUCACACCAAAGAAACACAUGAAUACACACCAAGCAGAGAGACUCAGAGGGUAAGCAAAUUACAAAUACCGGAAUAUGCAGCAAAAGAAGUUACCAAACGGGAAGUCGUACAAGUACAAAAGCUAAACACCGACCUCUUCAAAUAUCAAGAGCCAAAAGAACAAGAAGUUAAAAAGGAAACACUUCAGGUCAGCAAGCUCCAAAUACCACAAUUUUCAACCAAAGAGGUCACCAAGCAAGAUGCUUUCCAAGUCAAAAAGCUCAACUCAAAUAUGUUUGAAAACAAAGACAGCACAGAUGGGCAUUGGCGUCAAAAGGAAUCCGCGAGAGUCAACAAACUUCAAAUACCAGAAUUUUCGACAAAAGAGGUUACCAAGCAGGAGGAAGUUGCCCAGAUCAAAAAGCUUGAUACGCAAUUCUUUCAAUACAAACAGCAAGAAGAGUGCAGCUCUAGCAGAGAGAGUCCAAAAGUAAGCAAAUUACAAAUACCAGAAUACACCAACAAAGAAAUAACACGYCARGAAGUUGCGCAAGUACAGAAGCUCAAUACAAAUYUAUUUGAAAAUCAACAACCACAGGGUCCGAUACCAAGACGRGAAACUCAACAGGUAGGCAAAUUACACAUACCACAAUACUCGUCCAAAGAGGUCACUAAACAAGAAGAGGURGUCCAGGUGCAAAAGCUUAGUAUCGCAGAGUUUGAAAACAAACCAGAYGAAUUUUCUCCCAAGACACAGGCCCAUAAGGUUGGAAAAUUACAAAUACCAGAAUUUUCAGCCAAAGAAGCUACCAAACAGGAAGUUGUGCAAGUGCAAAAGCUCAACGCAAAUCUCUUUGCGAAUCAAUUAUCAAAUGAACAAGAACUGAGAAAAGAGMUUCCUCRAGGAGCAGUCCAAGUAAAAAGGCUCAACACCGACYUCUUUGAAAAUCAACAAUUUAACCAACAAGAAUUAAGAAAAGAAACCCCUGAAGUCAGAAAACUGCAAAUACCACAAUAUUCAAGUAGAGGAAUCGCCAAGCAGGAAGACGCUACCCAGGUAMAAAAGCUAAAUACUAACCUCUGGGGACAAAGAGAAAAUUUUGAGAGACCUGCCAACAAAACAGAGUUAUCURCAGUGAACAAAUUGCAUAUUCCAGAAUAUGAAAGCAAAAUAGUCAGUGGGAACGAAAAUGUGGUAAGAAAUGAACCUUCCCCACAAGURAACAAAGUUCAAAUACCUCAAUAUUAUUCAACAAAAGAGAUUGUCAAGCAGGAGCAACCUGGAAAAGUUCAAAAACUGAAUACCAACGUAUUUGAAACCAUACCAAAUACUGAAGGAAGUAAACAGAGAAGAGAGGUCAACAAAUUGAAAAUACCAGAGUACUAUAACCAGUCUUCAAGACAAGUURGACAAACUGCRAAACCUUAUUCAAAUAAGUUACAAACCCAACAAGACAUYAACGGCUUGCAAUUUCCAGCCAAAACAAGCAGGUCAUCCAAUAACGCUGCAAGAAUGAGCAAUGAGUACAAGGGUAAUUCCUCAUAUGUGAACAAUGACGAUGACAACAAACAUGACUCAAAGCAUGGAUCAAUGGGUGAUUAUGGGAAGAAAGCUAGUAAUAUCUAUACUGCAGGAGGCCAAACGUUUGUGCAAWYAGACAAUGCAGGAACUGCUUUUGUUAACUAUAAUCAUGGUAAAAAGCARCCAAGCAAUAGCUACACUGGUGYGGAUGAUUACUCUUCUGAAUACAAUAAGACCCAAAGCACUGAAUAUCCUUUUGCUGACCAAAGUGACAUUCUUCACGAGRRAGACAAUGGAAGCAGGGUGACAUAUUCCACACGAACAAAGAUUCCUUUUGAGAAAAGAGCGUCAUUAGGAGCUAAAGAUGACAAUGCUCCUCAAAGAAAAGAAAUAUUAAAGGAAUUCAAAAGGAAAAGUCUGAAAAAGAAGGACAUAGAAGAUGCUGAUGAUUUUGAGUCAGCUAAUGUAAGACCAGCACUGUUUUCGCACAAAAGAAAAGGAGUACUUGUUUCCUAAAAUUAAAGGACAAAAGUACCAGAAAUAGAUAUAACAGACAAGUAGAUGAAGUAAUUAGCAAUUCAUAAUAAAGAGCAAGUACAACAGGCAUCAGCUGAGCUACAAAAGACAUUACGGUGAAACCCCUGAGUAAGAGGUCGAAAGAGCAAAGUUCGCCUAUAUCUUCAGCUCUCGUUGUAUCUGAUAUCUGUCGUAAUAGUUUUGUACGCAUAGUUAGGGAGCGUCCACUUUAAGAGCGUUACAAUUAUUUUCAGCAUUUUCAAAAACAUUYUUUGGGUUCGAAGCCAAUUGAAGGACCAAAAAAAUUGUGUGGUUUAGUUGGGUCUUGCAUAUAACCCUAGAGUAACUGAAAAAAAUAGACUUAAGUCUGACCUAAAAAUGAAAGUUCGUAUUAGAGUUCGAAACAGCCGAGAUCUAGUAUGACUGAUAAUUUUUAAGCGGAUCGGUAGAGGGGGUUGUUAGGGUUAGGGUUAGGACCCAGGACUCCUAGGGGGUCAGUGUUGCGGGUAUCCGCUGUAGUUAAACUCCGCGAUCGUUGAUAGACUUAGUACACUUUGAACAUAUCGAUGUUAAUAGACAUCCUUAUUCAAUAUUUAGUAGGGAAGCAAUGAUUCUUUUAAUUUCGCUGGAAUUUUCAAAUUAACUUAAAAAUGAAUUGCUUUAUGUAACAAUGUUUUUUCUCGAUGUUUGGCAACUAWCAAUAGCUAUAAAAUAAAUUACUAGCUGCACACACUAUCCUAUCGCAUAAAUCUUCAUAAAAUUGUGUAAUUUUUAGCUGUUAAUUCAAUAAAAAAAUGUAUUGGCAA